GAUUUCUAUUUCUUAUGCUUGCAGGAACCAAGCAGAGGUUUCCCCGCGUUGAAAUGACAAGAAGUUUCUGGUAGGGCAGAGCCUCCAGUUGCCAAAUACUGCUUGAUGAUGCUCCUGUGAAGAACCUUGAUGUUUACCUACAUUAAAGGUCUUUCUUUUAUUGGGAAUGUUGAACUGCUAAGCGUUCAUUAUUAUUUGAACAGAACCUGUGAUUCAGUUCCUAAGAAGCAAAAUGACAUCCAGGAAACCAACAAUGAUCCAUUUUAUUCACAUGGAGGAACGCAGCACUCUCUCACUUCCAAAAGCCCCGACAAAAUCGUAUACAGUGGAGGAAGCAGUGGAAACCAUUGGAUUUGGGCGAUUCCAUGUUUUGCUGGUCACAAUCAUGGGAAGCACCAAUGUGGCUGAAGCCAUGGAGAUCAUGCUUCUGGCAGUCAUUUCCCCAGUCAUUCGUUGUGAAUGGCGCCUGGAAGAAUGGCAGGUUGCCAUGGUUACCACUAUGGUGUUUCUAGGCUUCAUGUCGUGCAGCUGGGUUUGGGGUUACCUUGCUGAUAGAUUCGGCCGUUGGAAGAUUCUUCUCCUAGUCACCAUCUGGAGUUCCUACUACUCUGGCCUGACUUCCUUUGCACAAACCUACGGCUGGUUUGUCUUCCUCCGUUCCAUGGUAGGAUGUGGGGUGGCUGGUCAUUCACAAGGAUUUAUUCUCAUGACAGAGUUCAUGCCUGCCAAAUAUCGAGGUCGUAUUUUACCGUUGGGACAGAUCUUCUGGCUCCUGGGAUCCACAAUAGAGAUCCUGCUGGCAUACCUAAUUAUUCCCACGUUGGGCUGGCGUUGGCUUGUGCGUAUUUCCACCAUACCCAGUGUCAUCCUGCUGGUGCUAUUUAAGUGUAUUCCAGAAUCAGCCCGUUACAAUGUCUCUGAGGGGAAAUCUCAGAUUGCUACAAAGACCCUGAAUUACAUUGCAAAGAUGAAUCGUUCCUGCCUUCCUCAGGGCUCUUUAAUGGAAACUGAAGUGCCAAAGAAGGGGACACUCUUUGACUUGAUAGAUACAGAGUACAGACGCACAACACUACAGUCCUGGUUCAUCUGGUUGGGAACUGCAUUUGCAUAUUAUGGGCUGGUUCUAACCAGCUCAGAACUAUUGGAAAACAAUCCCGUCUGCGCCAAAGCAGGAGGUAGCAAGGUAUCAGAUGUGGUCACUACAUUGGAGACCUGCCAUUGUAAGAUGUUCAAAGCUGAAGACUACCAGACCAUGAUCAUCAGCACCUUGGGAGAAUUCAUGCUUGUUCCAUUUAGUCCUUUCGUCAUUGAGACACUGGGAAGACGUCGCAGUUUAGCUUUAACUAUGGGGGCCUCUGGGAUUUUUUUUCUCUUCCUCAACCUGUGCAGCAGCAGGGCUGUGUUGACUGCAUUACUUUUUGUUCUCCGAGCCCUUGUUGCUGCUAAUUUCACCAUCAUCUACAUCUACACUGCAGAGGUCUAUCCCACGACCAUCCGUUCCUUGGGAUUGGGCUCUUGUAGUUCGAUGGCUCGUAUUGGGGCAAUGAUUGCACCCUUUAUAGCACAGGUCCUGAUGAGCACAUGGCCUAUAACAGCUCUGUGCUUCUUUAGUGCUGUAUGCAUCAUUUGUUCUAUUUUGGCCUUCACUCUUCCCAUUGAGACCAAAGGACGUGCAAUGCAGGAGCUCAAUCCAUCCACCUCCAGUAUUUAAACUUUAGUUAUGGAAUCAAUAUUCGACGGAGCAGACAGAAUUUCUCUUCAAUACCUUUGGAGCGCCUUCAACAAUGAGAUACUGAAUCAUUUGCUGGACUGUCUAGGUCGUGUGAUAUUACUUCCAUUAUACGUGGGAUCAUAUCUUAUUUACCACGUGCACUACUUUAUCUGCAAGUGUAUCUCAUUGUCUCACAUCCUUCAAACAUCCAUAUCAAGUUGCCUUUGACAGAGAAAGAAGGUUUAGAAAGGCUGAACUUUCGGAGCAAUUUGUUCUGCUGUCUGCACUUGGGAAUAAACUGUGGCAUAAAAUGCUGCAUGAAAUAAUAGGCAAAAGAAAAAUUGCAGCUGUGGCUGAGGGAAAAAAUACAUUAUUUCCACCUUAAGUGUAACAGUACUUUCCUGCCCCAUUGGGUUUAUUAGAACAAGCAUCAUUCGAAACACAGCACCACUAAAACAAUCUGACAUUCUCUCCCUGCCAGCCCUGUUGCAUCUUCUGUCCCCUGAACUGAAAUAAAUCUCAGGUCUUGACAGCUUGUCAUCUUCUAUUGCCAGUCCUCUUUGCCUUUGCCCUGGAACUUUGCAUUCCUCUUAUCCUGAAGAAAGCUGAUCUGUCUCAUCCUUCGAACCAUCUCCCUAUGACUAUACUUUGUUUCUGUUAGUGCUUAAGUUAUCUGUUACCUCAAAGUUUUGUCAAAAAUAUGGUAGCCAUUUAAGUCAACAACACAGCCAAUCUCUGGCAAUCAGCUUUGUCAUGUUAUGCACGUCUCUAUAUCUACCCUUGAAUAUUUUGUCAUGGCCUUCACUAUCACAAACACAUCUUCCUCCAUUUUACUGAUAAUGCUAUGCUCGAUUACUUUUGCCCUUCUUGUUCCCCAUAAGCUCCAGAUUUUGUCUUAUUGAUUGUUUUCUGAAUCCUUGUUAUAUUGAAAUCAAGACUUUAUUACACUAAUUAUCUCAAUAGACCACAAAACUGUGGAACCUGCUUACUUCCCUGAGGCUUCCUCUCCUUCCUCUCACGAACUAUGAGCUCCUAAAACUCACACUUGGUGUCACAAAUCGCUACUUGCGUUUAUUCAACUCAACUUCUCUAUGCUGUUUUCAAACUCGGUGUUGUCCACUGUGAAAGACUUCAGUUCUUCACCAGGACUUCUCCUUAAUGUGUUUUAAAAAGAAGCUUGUACACACCAGAGUUGACCCAAGUUACUAAAGCAUUGCACCACCACUUUAGUAGAUGUAUAUGGCCCAGGCUAACUGAGGCCUAUAAAAUGAUUUUGUAUGAUAAACUUACUUUGCUAAUGACUGAAUUUCACAUAAAAUGUGUAUAACAAAUAUCAUCAGGCUGAUUCACUGGUUUGCUCUCCUGUUGAAGAAUAGUACUCGAAAUGAGCACUGAUCAGAAAAUCGUAGAUACCCACACUUUGAUUAUCCAUCAGACAAUGACAACAACCAGUCAAAUGAAUUAACAGAGAAACCAAAACCCAGGGACCACGGCAUACUCAGUGGGAGCACCAAGUUGGGAAAUUAGCCCUUAACAUUGGAACUCAGGAAUUACUAGACAAAAGAAGAAUGAGAUCUAUUUAACUUGCCUUCUACCUUCUGAUAGCUGCAUGAUGCAAUGGUAAUACAGAUGUUGACUAAUCAUGCAAUUAACCUCCAUGAAUUAGUCUACAACAGACAUGAUUUGAGGAAAAUCCCAACUGUAGGUCCAAAAAUCACUUGUUCCUCCCAGGAGUGCUAUACUGACCACAUGGUGAGAAAUUUAUGCAGUUGCUUACGAGUAACAGGAAGUUACUCUUUUGCUUUGAGGAAUGUUUUGUCAUUUUUAUCAGGUUGAAGGCUAUUUGGGUAAAGACUUUUUUAUGAUUGCAUUAUAAUAAACUUUUCAUAUUUGCA